GGGCUCGUUUCAAAGCCAGCGAUAGCUUCACGAAGAGAGAGACAGAGAGAGAGAGAAAAGCAGAAAUUUUGGACAAAAAUGGCUACUUUGGAUUCUUCCAACUCUUCCACUGAAACUGAUCUUGAAACAAGCCCUAAUCCUAACCCUAAUUCUAAUUCCUCCAAAGCUAUAAUCCCAACUCGUUCCAAUUCUAAUUCCCCUGCCGUAUGCCUCUUCCAAUUCGCAGGAGACUCCGCCGCCGGUGCCUUCAUGGGCUCCAUCUUCGGCUAUGGUUCAGGAUUGAUUAAAAAGAAGGGCUUUAAAGGAUCCUUUGUGGAGGCAGGAUCUUAUGCCAAGACAUUUGCAGUCUUGUCAGGAGUACACAGUUUGGUUGUUUGCUUUUUAAAGAGGCUGCGGGGAAAAGAUGAUGUUAUUAAUGCUGGUGUAGCUGGAUGUUGCACUGGACUUGCUCUAAGUUUCCCCGGCGCACCCCAGGCACUUCUACAGAGCUGUCUCACAUUUGGGGCAUUCUCCUUUAUCAUUGAAGGGCUUAACAAGCAGCAACCAGCACUGGCACAUUCCUUUUCUGGGAGAAACAAGAGCGGGCCUCGUCCUAUGGCACUCCGUCUUUCACUCCCGCUUCCUGAUGAGCUGAAAGGAGCUUUUUCUUCUUUCUGCAACUCUUUAGUAAAACCAAAUAAAGGCAGGUUUCCUCCGGCUAACUGAUGGGGGGCCAUUUUUACUUCUGUUAUUUGUAGAUUGUUGCAACUGGUUAGUGGUGAGGAUGUAAACUUAAAGUUUAGUUGAGAUUUUGAAGGUUUUUGCAAGCAGAAUAUGAAAUUGUUUCUUAUGUUGCUUUCCA